AUGUCACUCUACCCUCCAGCAGAAGAAAAGAAGUUGAAAAAGAAAGGAAAAGGGAAGCUGGAUGUUACCAUUGGUGAAUUAUCCAACAUCAUAGCAGUAAGGUGGUAUGAUAAUAAAGCUGUGCAGUUAGUUCCCACAUAUGUAGAUAUAAAUCCACAGGAGGCAUGCAAGAGGUGGAGUAAAGAGGAUAAUAAGUCAAUUCAGGCAUCACUUGAAUCAGUGAGGCAUAACAUUAGUUUUUCUCUACUAGAUUUCCACACACAUAUUGCUUCUGGUCUUACUAUGACAGGAAAUUUUGUUCAGCACAAAAGAAGAAGACCACCUACAGAAGGUAUACGAACUCCAAAGAAAAGGUUGGUAGCUCCCUGGCCUAUUUCAGACAACAUAUAUGAUGAUACAGGAUGA